AUGAAUGAAAAUCCGAUUCGGAAAUCGGACCAAAACUCUAGAAAGCGCAAAGCGGGAACUGAUUCGCUUCCCGAGGGUAAAAGAAAACAGACAGAGAAGGAGAUCGAGGUAAGUUAAAAAAAUUAAGAGUGGUUGUUAACCAGGCAGGACUUUCUAAUCGAAAUGAAUUGACAUGAUUAGCAAUUAGAAAAUAUCAUAUGAUUAGCGAGGUGAAACAAAUUAGAUACAUUUAAUUUCAUGAAGUCACGCGUCGUAUCGCAACUUGUGAAGCUAAUUUCAUCCUUGAAUUUUGUUUUCAGUAAACUUUAAAUUUUAGCGAUGGUGAUAACUGAAAAACAAUUAAUUUUUGGUUUUGAAUUUGUUUUUUAUAGAAUUUUAUCAAGACUCAACGAUUCUUCUGCAGUCCUGAACUACCGAGGUAAAUGAAAAAAUUGUCAACCUUUGAAUUUGAUAUUAGAAAAUUUCAGUAAGGGCAGUUACAAGUUAUUUUUAUGCUGUUGAUAGGGAAAGCGAGUAGUUGCCUCCAAGUUGACAUUGCUUUGCUUUUGUUUGACCAUAUUUUUGGAAAGUUGUUACGGAAUGUGUGUGUAAGCUAGUGGAAGAUGCCAUCAGAACAAGCGUGUGUCACGUGUCCUUGAACCAAAGAUUGAACGGCUCUCUCGAAUCGUACGGUUGUCCGUUCUCGGUUUUUGUUAUUCUGUCGUUCAGCACUUUAAUCUGGAGAAAUUUAAACGUGUAUUUUAAACUAACACAGUUUCUACCUGCCAUUUGUUCAUUUUGCUAACGUAGCUUUCAUUUCUCCGUGACUUUGAGUACUAUCCUCAGAGAGCAAAUGGAGAAACUUUCAAAAUCAUGAAGCAGCUCCGCAUUAUUUGCAUGCAUCCUUCCGUGUUCUCUAAAGCAUUGAUGUCUGUCUCCCUGCUGUGUUCAGAAACUGGUUUCGCGCUUUAGUAUAGAAGUUGAGAUAAAAUUUGAUAAAAAUUUAGUGAAGCAAACCUUUUUUCCCGAGUUACUUAUUUUAGUUUGACUGCAAAGCAAGUUUUUUCUGUUGGAAAACGAUUCUCAUUGAAACGGAAAAACAGCGUCGAAGGAACCUUUUUCGAGAUGAUAUGGAAAGCAUGUAGAAGUUAAAGGAACCACGUGGCAUAAACCUUAAGCAGCUAGUUACCUAAAGACUCAAGUAAAUAGUUUUAUUAGAGUGAUAUUUCUUUUAUCCUCUCAGGGAAAACUCCAAUUGUGUAGGCAUCAUGCCUCAGACCAGUUCCUUGCAAGAGAGUAAUAACUUCGGGGUUUCUUCAGAAAACUUUCCUAAGAAAACGAACUCAUCUGAAGAAAAAAAUGAAAAUGUAAAUCGGACUGCAAUGAAAUCAGAACGACCCUCUAGAAAGCGGAAAGCAGAAUGUAAUCCCCUCGCUGUGAGAAAACGAACCGAAAUCGAGAGCAGGGUAAGUAAAUGUUUAACUGAUUGAGUGUUCAAACUUUCGUUUGCAUAAGCUCAUCGAAAUUUCCAAUCGGUGAAAUAAACAUUUUAUUAUUUAUCGUACUCGUGUAUAAAGAGCAAAAUACAAUAUAGUAACCCAGUACCGACUUCUGACUAGGAGAAAGUUGCUGUAUAAUUAGAAAGCAAGAGGUGAAUAUCAAGCGUUAAUUUGACACCAACUGAGAGAGUCACCUUUCCUUGUGUUCUUACAGUCACCUUUCCUUGUGUUCUUACAGUCACCUUUCCUUGUGUUCUUACAGUCACCUUUCCUUGUGUUCUUACAGUCACCUUUCCUUAUGUUCUUACAGUCACCUUUCCCUGUGUUCUUACAGUCACCUUUCCUUGUGUUCUUACAGUCACCUUUCCUUAUGUUCUUACAGUCACCUUUCCUUAUGUUCUUACAGUCACCUUUCCUUGUGUUCUUACAGUCACCUUUCUUUAUGUUCUUACAGUCACCUUUCCUUAUGUUCUUACAGUCACCUUUCCUUGUGUUCUUACAGUCACCUUUCCUUAUGUUCUUACAGUCACCUUUCCUUAUGUUCUUACAGUCACCUUUCCUUAUGUUCUUACAGUCACCUUUCCUUAUGUUCUUACAGUCACCUUUCCUUAUGUUCUUACAGUCACCUUUCCUUAUGUUCUUACAGUCACCUUUCCUUAUGUUCUUACAGUCACCUUUCCUUAUGUUCUUACAGUCACCUUUCCUUAUGUUCUUACAGUCACCUUUCCCUAUGUUCUUACAGGCUUCUCUCGGGAAACAAAAACAAGAUGGUCAUUGCAGCAGUUACAAAAUAUCAAGGUAAGUAACAAAAACACUUGUUGAAAAUUGCAUUUAAUGAAAGGAUAGCUAACACUGUUGCUUCUUUUACCUUAACAGAAAAAGGUCAAGUUGUGCGGAAGCCAGGCGUCAGGGUAACUCACCGCAAGAAAAUAAUAUCAGAGAAGAAUUGCCUGAUUAUGAGGCUUACGAGGUGAAAAAAAAAAAAAAGAUGAGAGAUUGAUGAUUAAGCUUAAAUCCAGUACCCUGAUCCACCUCCAAAUUUAAUCUCACAGUAGAACAAGAUAAUUUUUUAAUAUCUGGUUUAUACUUGUGCACCUAAAGCUACGAUAAAAAUGCUUGAACUCAUGUAAUUGAGUCAGUUUUUUAGAUGCUUUAAGUGCAAAUGUUUUCAAAAUUUGACCCGCUCAACUCAUCAGCAGUAGUUUUGUGGCCUUUCGCCCGGUACCUCUCCCCUGGACGAGGAUAAACGAGGAAUUAGGAAUUACAACAAUAGUGCAUGAUCUCAGGAGAGAGGAUUGGGAAGAGCCUGAUCGAGAUGAUCUCGUUUUCAGAGUCCGCGUUCCUUUGACCAGUUGUUAGAAAACACUUUUCCGCGGGAGUAGAGUGACAAAGGCUUUAGAAAUUAGUAUUUCAGCUUAUUCUUCCCUUAAAAAUAUCGCCUAUGAUCUCUGAAGGAAACAGACUUCAUAAAUGUACUGAAUAAUUCUUUUACCUUCAAUAAUUCGCCACAUUUUAACAAUACGAGACCUCUUUGUCGCUAGAGUUUUCCAGUACUCGAAGCAUUUCUAUCUGACAUUAUGGUUACGUUUUUAUGUUCUCAGGACCCUGAUGGGCUCGAGUGGUUAAAAGAUUGUAACUGUCCAUUAUGGUCGCCAAGUUAUGAGCCAAACUACGGCAGUUAUGUGGAGGAAGUUAAAAAUACUGAACCUCCUGACUACAUCAAGGAACUGGCCUCUUCUGAUGGUAUGUUUAUUCCAUUUUUCUCAUUACAGGAAUUAAAUCCUUUCUUUUCCUGAAUUAAUUUUUUCUAUAUGGAAGUGGAAGCAGUCACGGACACUCUCCUCCAUAAUUUAUAACUCCCCCAUCGGUCAAGGAAAAAUUGACGAUUUUCUACAAUAUGACAGCUCUGUUAAUGCUAGUAAGGCGCUAGUGACGGACCUCUCCUCCCUACCCUACCCUUACUGGAAAAUAAUGUUUACCCAGGCCAGCUUUUGUUUAUGUCGAAGCCGCUAAGUUUGUGCUAAAUAAUUUGUGAAAACGGUAUUUAUGAAGCAUACGAAGUGGACGAUUAUUCAGUAUCAAUAUUUCCUCAUAGUUAUUUUAAUAAUUGUUGGAAAAUAGUUCUUGCGAUAUUCAAUUAAUCGAUUGCUCAUUUCGCUCCAAUUUUAGCUGAUCUUGCGAAAUACGAGAUAGGAAAACUCCUUGGAUCUGGUUCAUUUGGUCAGGUAGUUGCUGCGACUCGCAAGUCGGAUGAUAAACCUGUAGGUGUCUUAGUGUCUGAGUAUUGAAUAGGAGCACUAUAACUUACUAGGAGUAAAGUAAUCUUUUAGCAUGAGACUGAAACGAGAAAGAAAAUGAGUUUCAAGAAGAGUUCUAAAUCUCAGAGCAAAUGGUCGAACUCAAAGCUUAGCUUGGUUUAUUUCCAUGUGCUCUUAGGCGAGAAAGUUUAGUUUUACCAGAGUCUCGUCUCGCUAACUUAAAAGCGAUAUUUGAAACUAACAAUCUAACAUAACUGCGCUGUUUUAGUAAGGAAGGAAUGAGAAGGGAGAAGGAGUAUGAGUUUAGGGAAGUUGGUAUCGGGGCUAUUUCGCGCAUGCGUGAGGUUAGUAGCUUAUAAUAUACAAAAACAGAACAAAAUAAAACCUCAACGUAAAUCGUUCUCCCUAGGUGGCGCUUAAGUUUGUAAAGAGAAGUUCAGUGCAAGAGUUUAAAGAGGUUGGUGAAAGUUUUAGUUUAUGUAAGAGAAUUUAUGUUAGUAUUUUUGUUUACGCCACUAAAUAACGUGGAUCACAGAAAUAACAACGUCAAUAACAAUCGUAUUGUGUAGUAUCCAGUGAAUAACUUCAGCGACAAUGACCGUCGUGUCUAAGAGAUAAUUUUGAAGCAGAAAAGUGAACUGAUUCAAGACCCAAAGCUACUUUGCAUUUCGUAUAUGUUACAAGCAGGUUGGGAUUGACUGGUAAUGUUUGAGCACUUUAAAUAUUGGAUUGUAGUGAUUUAGUUAGCGUGCUCUUUAGCCGGAUAUUUUGUUUUCAGAGAGCUGCUCAUUUCUUACGCGAAUUUCUCUUCACCUUACAAAUAGAGUUGUAUUGAUAAGAAUAAACAUUUAAUUUAUCUUGAUCGGGAAUCAAAAAUUUGUCUCGGCCGUGGACCGUCACGGAAACUAUUGCAUUCUCUGAAAGAUGCGAUUAGAAAGUUGAUUGGUCUUUGAUGGUGCUGUAUCAAAAUAUGUCACAGCUGCUUAGUCCAAACAAUCAGCAAAUUCCUGUUGUCGUUUACUUUGUGAGUGAAACUUGAUCCGAGUAAGUUUAACUUGUAUCAACCCUCUUAUCCUCUCUCCCCUCCCUCGUUACAGCUGAAAGGAAGAGAAAUCCCGGCUGAGGCUUAUCUGAUGAGUCGAGUGCGUCACCCAAACGUCAUCCAAAUCUACCAGCUCAUCUUCACAGAAGAACAUUACUGUUUUGUUAUGGAACGACCAGAAUCCUGCAAAGACUUUUUUUACGUCAUACAGGACCGUAACUCCGCAGGAAACCCACUGACAGAAGAUGAAGUGAGACGGUACUUCACUCAGAUCUUGGAAGCUAACAUCAAAUGCGAAGAAAAAGGUGUUAUACACCGCGACCUCAAGCCUGAUAAUAUUUUGCUGGAUUUGAAAAAUGAUGAGGUGAAGUUGAUUGACUUUGGGUUGGCAUCUGAGAUACAAGAAGAGCCUUUUGAUAGCUUUAGAGGUAAGAACUGUUCCAUCAGAGAAAUCAGUUUCAAGUUGUCUCAACUCAACAUAACAAAGAUAAAUGACGCAUUCAAACAUCAAAGAUCUCAGCAAGAAGCCAGCUCAGUUCAAAGAUCUUGUAGGAAAAUGACCCUUAAUUUUUCGAAACAAGCUUCCUUAUUCUUUCUUAUCUUGUCUUCGCUAAUAUUCAUCAUCUUAAUUUGCCUCCUGUAAUAUUACAUAAUCUGGUUAAGUCGUACUUAGCAUCACGUCACGUGACGGCAAGUUAGGGAGAGGAAGUGGAAGCUAGUAAUAUGGUGCAGCCAGGAGUACGGGUGGUGGCCAGAACCUCCACAAAUUUAUUUAAUUUCUUCUUCCUAUUCCUCUGGUAGCUUUGAAUUUCGAAAACAGUCUGUUAAGCAGGCUAAAUCUGAGCAAAUAUUCAAUGAAAAUUGUUUUCUCUUUGUUUUUAAGUAAACUUACCAUGAAUAAUAUUUUUCUAGGUACGCAGUACUACUUGCCCCCUGAAUUCAUGAAGACAGGUAAAUAUGACGGAUGCGAGGCUACUGUAUGGGCGAUGGGAAUCCUCUUGGUCGAUAUGUUGUCACCAGUUAUUCCAGCAUUUGAAAAACCACAACAUUGUCUAAGCAUGGAGCCCAGAAUACCUCGACACUUUUCAUCAGGUGUGUAACAGUUUCAUUAAGUGAACAUUUGUAACACUGUCUUCAUCUGCGUUCAGUAUCCUAACAAGCAAAAAAAUCUUCAUAAAUUCUUGUAUGACAGUCGGAAAGUCUCGCCCUCGAUUGACGGUCACGGUGUAAAGAAAACUGUUGUUGGGUCAUUAUUGGUUAUCACCACUCGAGUUCUCUGAGGAUAAUUUCAGGAGCUACUUCGCCUUGACAUAAAUGAGCUGGCUCCAGUUAAUCAAUCAACUAAGGGGAGAAUCUUUGGGUUCCGAAUCAUUUCCCUUCAGUUAAGAGAGAUCACGGCCCUAAAGGUCGUUAAAGAUGAUGUAUCAGGGACUUCGAGAGGAUUUUCCGUGAAAGUCUGGUUCAAAGGGAAUAAUCAUCUAUCUUUUCCUUUUUCAAACAGAGGUGAAGAACGUUGUUUAUAUGUUGUUGAAUCGCGAAGCAGAUCAGCGACCAACUCUUAAACAAGUUCUCCAGCAUCCCUGGUUCUCAAUGGAAGUCUAA